CGGCAGAAUAUUAAUGUAACUGCUACCAUAUUCCAAAAAUAACCAAUGUAUGAUUUGUUACCGGCCUUUAUUUUGAGAGCCAUGUUUCCCAUUUACCUUCAGUCUUACUCAACUUACUACUACAUACAGCACUAUCGCGCCUCUAGCCGGCUUACUAUGACUAGUUAUUUCGGCAAAUGCUUCAUUCAACCGUCCUUUUGGAUGUUAAUAUGAACUACUUCUACGGCGAGUCGCCGCUGUUAAGAUAUAACCAUCGUUGGUCCCAGGCCCAUAAGCGUCAAGACAAUCCUCAUACCAACCAGAUUGACAUCGAACAUUCAUCAUGAAAGCAUCUAUUGCUUCGAGGUUCCUCGUUCUCUUAGCAGCUUCGACCUCUGCGGAGCUCGGGAAGCGACAAGGCGACUAUCCUCAAGGCGGCUAUCCUGAUACCUGCGGCGAAGUCAGAUUGGACGACGCAACGAUGAAUCCGCAAUACCUCACGGGAGACUGCGAUGACGGCUACGGUUUUACUUACAAAACGCGCCUCGAUCUGAACCUGUGCUACUCCCCGAACGAGGAUGGCAUCAUGGUCCCGACCAACCGGGGUAUUGGGUUGAACACUUCGCAAAGCUACGCACCCUGUGUAGAUUGCUUCAUCGGCAACGGCUACGAACUCCCUCGAACCUACUACGCCUGUGACUGUAUCGGUCCCCAUGGUGGGACUUUUGCGCACAGUGGCGUCUAUCUGGGUGAGCCAAUCCCGCAAAUCGUCUCGUUCGCGUGAGCGAUGACUGACGAGUUUUCGAAACAGACAAACUUAUUUACAAUAAAAAUGGAUACCUCGGGUGUUUCGAUAACAUUGCAGAGCUUAGGCCUUUUUAAGCAAGGGAUCCCGUAAAACUGUUUUGGAUGAAGGCUUCAGAUGUACAUCUAGUUAUAUUAUAUUGAUAUUGGAGAUAUCACACAUAAAGACACCCAGUGAAGCCUAUAUACUAUACGUGGGUAAUAUGGCUUGACAGGUAUGACUUGUUAUGGCUCAACAGGUUUAACUGUUUAUUAACUAUAUUGAAACUUCGCCAGGGAACUAUUUGCUUCUAAUUAUUUCAGUUUCUUUUAGAGGAUUGGAAAUCAUAUGCCUCUAUAGUGUAUAAACCUAGAGUAAGGAGCCACGCUUGUUCUCACUUUUUAAAUAGCAACUUUAGCUAGGGUGGUCAAAAACGAGGCUCCUAGGGCUGCUUGGCUUUUGUCGUGUAUACUACAUGUAUAACAUACCUAAACUCUUUACUAUUGAUGAGAAUAUAAAUUACGAUAUGGCCAACUGCUUUUACCAUUUUACAAUGUAGCCUGUAGCUUACCUAGAUACCCAAGUUUACCUUAUAGA